AUGGCUCCUAAGAAAACGAAGGAACAUUCAAAUGAUUUACGACAAACCGUUAUUAAACACUUCUUAAAUGGCGAUACUGAACGUGAUAUAGUUACAAAAGUGCUCAUUCCACGUACUUCAAUUCAUUACAUCAUUGCAAAAUGUCUAAUUCAACGUAAAAUCAAAGCAAAUCGUCGUAUAUUAUCAUUAUCUGUGAAAGUUGAACUUCAAAACGAUCUUAAUAUUAACAUUUCAGAAACAACAAUUCGUCGACGAGCUCAUGAAGGUGGUUUAUUUGGUCGAGUGGCUCGUAAAAAACCAUAUGUAAAUAAAAAACAUCGUCGUACCAUGCCUGUUAGUUCAGAUGCUGUUAAAACGUUUCAACCUCGCCGUUAUAUGCCUAUUGAUGAAAACACGGUAAGAAAACUAAAACUGACGAAACAAAAAAUGCAUGACAGAUCGUAUGCUCUACUUCCAUAUAUUGCAUUUAGAAGGGUGACUAAGAUCAUUGCUAAUCAACGUCAAAGAAUAUCAGUCAUCUGAUUGGCUUAGUUUGAUAAAAUAUAGAUAAUAAUAUUUAUCUCCUUAUUCUCGAAUCAGAUUACAUGUUUUCUUAGUAAUCAGAUUUUGUCAAUCUUAACAAUGUCUUGGAAACAUACGGAUCAAAUGCUUUCUUUUGAUCUAGCUUAAAAUGAUACCGAAAACUAAUCAAUAUUUAGAAGACUCUGAUAACCAAUUCAAAACAUUUUUUGUUGUUUAUCAUGAGAUAUAUGUAGAGAAGUUCAUAUAAAAUCCUUCCAUCAAUAGAAGAGCUCUGGUUUUCUAUCAUAUUCAGGCAUAAAACUGUAUCCAUAGGAUUUUCUGUGGUGUUGCAUGUAUUUUUGAAAAUUUUUAGUAGAAAGAAUUCCUCAAAAAAAAACGAUUUCAAAAGUUUGCGAAGUUAUUUUCAUGAGUUUUAAAAACCAAAAAAUGUUGUUAAUGUCAAUCUUUUAAGGUUUUUCAGCUAAGAACUCUGACAACAAGACAUAUUAUUAUAUAAAUUUACUAAGUAAUUAAAGUUCAGACUUUACAAGAAAUUAAUGAAUGAUACGGUAUCUUUUAUUAUAUCGAACACACCGUUCUUUCAAAGAUGGUCAUCGAUUAUGAGACGACCUUCUAGUAUUUGGAAGCUCGUAUGAUAGGAUUGAGUUUCAUAAUACAAUCAAAUGUGUCGCAAUUAGAAUGUCUAGUAUUAUCAAUUUGUUGUGUUCCAUCUAUUGACUAUUCAAGAACACGACGAUCUCGAUCUAUGAUUGAAAUAGGGCUAUCCUGAAGCGGUCUUAUCUGAGGAUGUGAUCGGCUUGAAUUUUCAGAAUAGGGAUAACGAAAACCAAUAAAAUUGAAAAAAGCUAUCAUUUACUUUUACUAAAAGUACAAUAAAAAUUCGCUGCAUACUAGAUUCGAACCACUUUUUCAGAAUGUGUUGCAACGAGCACUUCUUUGCCAAAGCAAAAUAGGAAUGUCUUCGUCAUACUUUCAGCAAAUCGGCUUAAUUUUUUAACCAUUGAUACAACAGUGUUCCGAACUCAUAUUCAUAAGAACAUCAUUGAUAAGAAACCUUUUUAAAGUGUCUCUUUCUCAUUUAGCAGAGAAUAGCGCUCCACAAGUUAUAAAAAAAUUAAAACGGAUACUACAAAAGAUGUUCUUGCCAACAGUUUUCUUUUAAAUAUGAACUUUGAAUAGUGCUACAAUCGAUCUUGGGUCUUCAACAUCCUCCACCAACCGAACUGACAUAGUAUCAGCUGCUCGGUAUGAACAUCCAAUACCGAGCUGGUUUCAAUCAGGUGUCAUAGCAAAUUGAAUAGCAAUUCGCUGAAUCAUACCUCAUUCUGAUGAGCAAUGUUCAAAGUCUUAGCUUUUGAAAAAAUGGGGAUUCACGUCAGUUUGUACCGCAAGAUGCACAUCCGU